CCCGCUCUCCCGACUCCCUUCUCCUGCUCCCUCCUCAUCGGCCUCCAAGAUAGAUUCCCUCAGGAGUAAGGUUGACCUGCUCAAGCUGCCCCUGGCUCUCUCCACCAAGUCCAUCUCCGAGCGCAAGAGCCAGCUGGGAGGAGUCGGCGAGCAGCGCGGCACGGGGGGUGGAGGAGGAGGCGGGGCUCGUAAAGCCCGCUCACCGCCGACCCGAGACAUGGACAACGAGUCGCAGUACUCGGGCUACUCAUACAAGUCGUCCCACUCCCGGAGCUCCCGCAAGCACAGGGAUCGGAGGGAUCGUCAUCGCUCUAAGAGUCGAGACAGCAGCAGUCGUGGAGACAAAUCGGUCACCAUCCAGACGCCCGGAGAGCCGCUGCUCGAUGCAGAGUCAACCCGCGGAGAUGAUCGGGAUGAUAACUGGGGAGAGACCACCACGGUCGUCACCGGCACCUCAGAGCACAGCAUCUCAAACGAGGACCUGACCCGCGUCUCCAAAGAAUUGGAGGAGUCGACUCCACUGGAGUGCAAGCGCUUCGUUGGCCCCGCCCUGGGGGGCUGCCUGAGCUUCUUCGCCCUCGUCACGCCUCUAGCCUUCCUCAUCCUCCCGCAGGUCCUGUGGCGUGACGCCCUCGAGCCCUGCGGCACGCCCUGCGAAGGCCUCUACGUGUCCCUGGCCUUCAAGCUCCUGGUCCUGCUCAUCUCCUCCUGGGCGCUGUUCCUCCGCCCUCCUCGCGCCACCCUGCCGCGCUUCUUUGUCUUCCGCUGCCUGCUGAUGGUGCUGGUGUUCCUGUUCGUGGCGUCGUACUGGUUGUUCUAUGGCGUGCGGGUGCUGGAGCCCAGGGAGAGGGACUACAGGGGGAUUGUGGAGUACGCUGCGUCGCUGGUGGACGCUCUGCUCUUCAUCCAGUACCUGGCUCUGGUGCUGCUGGAGGUCCGACACCUGCAGCCGGCCUUCUGCCUUAAGGUGGUCCGGAGCACGGACGGAGCCAGCAAGUUCUACAACGUGGGCCACCUCAGUAUCCAGCGGGCAGCUGUCUGGGUGUUGGACCGUUAUUACAGCGACUUCCCCGUCUACAACCCUGCCCUGCUCAACCUGCCCAAAUCCAUCCUGUCCAAGAAGAUGACCGGCUUCAAGGUUUACUCCCUGGAUGAAAACACCACCAAUAACUCCACGGGUCAGUCCCGGGCCAUGAUAGCAGCUGCUGCCAGGAGGAGAGACAACUCCCACAACGAGUUCUACUACGAGGAGGCAGAGAUGGACCGCAGGAUCCGCAAACGCAAGGCCAGGUUGGUCGUGGCGGUGGAAGAGGCCUUCACACACAUCAAGCGUCUCCACGAGGACGAGGUCGCCUCGUCCCCCAAACACCCGAGAGAGGUGAUGGAUCCUCGGGAGGCGGCUCAGGCCAUCUUCGCUCCGAUGGCCCGGGCCAUGCAGAAAUACCUGAGGACCACCCGUCAGCAGGCCUUCCACAGCAUGGAGAGCAUCCUCACACACCUGCAGUUCUGCAUCACACACAACAUGACGCCCAAGGCCUUCCUGGAGCGUUACCUCACCCCCGGCCCCACCAUGCAGUACCAGCAGCAGAACGGCAGGGGGCGCCAGUGGACUCUGGUGAGCGAGGAGCCCGUGACUUCGGCCCUGCGUCAGGGUCUGGUCUUCUCCCUGCGACGCCUGGACUUCUCCUUGGUGGUCACAGUCACGCCGCUCCCCUUCCUGAGGCUGGGGGAGGAGUUCAUCGACCCAAAGAGCCACAAGUUCGUCAUGAGGCUGCAGUCGGAGACCUCGGUGUGAGACCUCGGUGUGUCUAAACCAGGAUCGCUGAUGUGUGGGACACGUGGAGGCCUUGUGGUCCGUUCUCGUCCAAUCAUUUCCCCCCCGUCUGUGACAAAGAAAAGGAGUGUUACAUAUGUGACGCCUCCUCCUGUUUUUUUUUGAUCAUCACAGAUGCUCUGAUAUCAAACUGUGAUCAGCUCAACGAUUGUCUAAACCUGGAAAUAAACGGAUGCCUUGACUUUUUCUUUCUCUGUGUUGUGAAGUAUUGGUCUUUACAACACGCUGUAAAAAAAAAAACAAAAAAAAAAAAAACAAAACCUUUUUUUGGAAAGGGGAAUUUUUGUCCUUUUGCCUCUUCUCUCACUGUAACCACUGGACUACUUACUGUGCUGACUCAACACAUGAACACCAGAGGAGGGUGAUUACAUCAUGGUUGUCACUUCCUCUUUCUUGUGUCUUAUACGAACAGACCAACGCUCAGCUCUGACUGCAACGCUGGUGUACCACUGCCUCUUGGUUCCCUGUUGGUGUAUUGUUUUGUUUGACAUGACCAGGACUGUUUUUUAUA